GUUGUUGGAUAUAAUUUCAUAACAUAUGGUUCAUUCGAUACGGAACGUUGCAGUGAAGGCUUACUUUACAUCGUUCAGAAACCGAAGGACUUCAAUACAAAGAGAUAUAAGAUAGGAAGAACAUUUAAUAUAACUCAAAGAUAUGACAAUACAGUCAAUAGAGUUAAGGUUGUGUUUGUAAAUGAUAUGAGAGCUGCUGAAACAGAACUACUUGAAAAGUUUGAGAAAAUGUAUGGUGCUCCUAGAAAAGGUAAAGAAACGUUUGAAGUAGAUGAGAUAGAUAGUGCUAUAAAAUUAUUUGACGAAGUUGCUGAAAAAUACAUGUAA